AUGGCUGGAGAAACGGCCACUAUUGAGAAGUCUGAGAGGACUUCGAAGGAAUCUAGCGCUCCAGUAGUCGCUGGUGUUAAGAGAUCUGCCCCCACCGCUGGAAUGAACGCCAACGGGCGUCCUAUCAAGCGUCGCGCUUCCAAAGCCUGCCAGUGCUGCCGUGCCAGAAAGGUUCGGUGCAAUGUUGUAGAACACGGUGCUCCUUGCACUAACUGCAGACUCGACAAUGUCGACUGCAUUAUCACGGAAAGCAAGAGAAGAUCUAAUGCUGCAGCGGACAAGCCUGGAAAGGCGAAGAAGAAGGCACAGGUUGUCGUUCAGCCUGUCUCUCCGAGCUCUAGUUCUCACGAUCACGAGGAUCUUUGUGAGGACAGGGAAGAACAUGUUCCGACCUUCACAUACCCGACCCAGACUCUGGAGAUCAUUGAUGAGAAUGGUAGGGAAAGGCGCAAGUCUUCGGUAGCCCAAUUCGCUAGUCAGGCUACCUAUAAUCGAAUGGUUUCGCAACAGCCUUCUCCUUCAACUACAACUUCAUCGACUUCUCGCCCAAUUAGGAUUCCUAGUUAUGAAAUUCUCACAAAAGACCUACCGUCGUACAUUAGGCCCACCCCCACUAGAAUUAGCCCUGAUGAUGUCGACUACCUCGUUCGAAAAGGUGCUACUUCAAUUCCACUUGAACCUUUCCGCCAGGAGUUGGUGGACUGCUACUUUAACUAUGUCCAUCCAUUCAUGCCAUUGAUUGAAGAAUCAGAUUGGAGGAGGACAACUACUAGGAGCUGGGAAGGAUUUGACCCAACAAGGCAUAAGGAUGACCGAAUCAGUCUUUUGCUAUUCCAAGCCGUGCUUUUCGCGGGCUCCGCAUUCGUCAAGAUGGAGAGCCUUCGUGCCGCUGGCUACACCUCCAGAAAAAGUGCAAGAAAAGCAUUCUUCCAACGUACAAGAAUGCUUUACGAUUUUGACUGGGAACAAGACAGGAUCUCAUUGAUCCAGGCUCUUUUGCUCAUGACUUAUUGGUACGAAACCCCUGAUGACCAAAAGGACACAUGGCAUUGGAUGGGAGUUGCAAUUUCUCUAUCACAUACUGUCGGUCUUCAUCGAAAUCCAGUCAACUCAAGCCUCAGCCCCCGACGACAAAAACUAUGGAAAAGAAUUUGGUGGAGCUGUUUCAUGCGGGAUCGACUCGUCGCUCUCGGGAUGCGACGCCCUACCAGAAUUAAGGACGAAGACUGUGAUGUCCCUAUGCUAACGCUUGAGGAUUUCGGAUUUUCCACCGAUCGCGAUGAACUUUCUGAGGUUUUGUUCGGUGCCGACGGCGAUGAUCUGAAGAAACGGAGGAGACAGAGAGCACUUGCCCUUCUAUGUAUCGAGAAGGCGAAGCUUUGUGCACUUAUCGGGAACGUUCUCACAGCACAAUACUCGGUAUUAAAUAAGCCGGCAUCGAAAGACGGCGUUAUCGAUACAACGAAAAACCUUAUGCUUUUGCACCCAAAGAAAACAGACGUUGAAGUUUGCGAGGUUAAACUUUGCGACGAACAGCUCAAUGAUUGGCAACGAAAGCUUACUAGCGAGGCUUAUUGGAGGCCUGCUAGCAGCUUGCUCGAUGAUAUGGACCCGUGUAUUCUUCUCCACCGUAAUUUACUACAUAUGGUUUACUUUACUACCGUGAGCGCUCUCCACCGACCACAAGUUCUUCCAUCCGCCCCAGCACCGUGGCCAGCAAGAAACCGUGCGCCCGAACUUCAAGAAAUUUCUCGAAAGAAAGUCCGACAUGCAGCUCACGAAAUUACACGCCUCGCGGAAGAGCUUAUCGAAUACGAUCUCGUCAGAUAUCUUCCAACGGUCGGUGUUACUGUCAUGCUUCCAGCCGUUAUAAUCCACCUUCUCGACGUUAAAUCAUCAUCAGCCGUAACACGUGAACUCUCUCUCCAAGGGUUCGGCCUGUGCAUGCAAGUCAUGCAAGGUCUCCGCGAAAACUAUGCCGCUGCAGAUUUUGCCACACAUUUUCUGGAAGCCGCGGUCAAGAAGGCCAAUAUCCAGAUCGUAGUUCCGACCCGGCAGAGAUUUCCCACUGCAGAUGAUGCAAUGAGAGCCCUGAACCGACAGCGGGCACUCUUGGUCAAGCGGGGCGUCCAAAUCAUGCAGGACAAUCUAUAUGUGCCAAGAAGCGAAGGCAUUCUUGGUCAUGUCGACAUGGGUGUGGCAGUUAGUGUGGGACCUGAAACACCGAGGGAGGAUGUGGAUAUGGCAGAACCGGAAGGGCGCCUGGACCACAAUCAUUUACGAGAGAGAAUUGCGGCAUUCUUGAACGAGGAGGCCGAUAUUGCCCGAGAAGAAAAUCCGAUCGUCAGCGGUCAGGUACCAGACAAGGAGAUCGCAGAUGCCCACCCAAUGAACAUCGAUCUCAACCAACUACUAUUGAAAGAUCCGGAUACCGAGCUGGGACUUGAGGAUCUUUCCCCAAGAUCCUCCACUGAGUCUCACAGACAAUUCUCUGGAAGCGAGCUGAGUGAGAACAUCUUGGACAAUAUCGAUAGCCUCUUCGUUGAUGAAAACAAUGACCCAUUCCUCGGGUCAUAUGACGGUCAUCACGGAAUGGGAGAAGGCACCGAUUUCACUUUGGAGUUAAGUCUUAUGAACGGUGUUGUGAAUCACGGAGGUAUGGACCUUCUGUCUACCGAUAUCGAUGCGGCAGCCGAAACCUCUGCGGAUGGCACUUCCAAGUUGCUUGACAGCGUCGAAUUCGAUUUUGACAAGGUCAUGGAGGGUUUGUAA